AAAAGAAAUUCGCAGAGCCGAUCGAGUAACGGUUUCUGCGUCGUUGGGCGGGAACCGCCUCCCCACUUCCGCAUGAUUUGAUUGGGCGAUGGUAUUUUAAUCCUUUAAAAAUCGAUCAGGUACAAACGGCGCUGUUUUUAAUUCGUUAGUUUUUUGCUGUUUCAAUUUUCACCCUCUCCCCUAACUCUCUCCGGUCACAUUCCGUCGUCGACGCUUUAUGCGUCGUCACCGGUCCACACGCUCAGUUCAAUCCGCCAACACCACUAUAGCGUACGUGAUCUCCUCCCAAAGUGCGCCGAUUACUUUGAUUCAGCGGCGGUUUUGGCUCGUCAGGGAAGCAGCACAGUUCUUCGGAGGUGAAGUCGUUGUAAAUUUCAUUGACAAAAUCAUACUGCUGUACAAUUUGAGGGUUCUCCCCUUUGUUUCAGGUACCACUGCGAUCACAAAUACUAUAGCCAGUGCAUUGACUGCAGCAUAGAGGAAAAAUGUUCCUGAAAAUCAUGCAACACACAGGUCAACUUUCACCUUUAGUUACAAUUUAUUCGUUCAUCGUAAAAUGCAGUGGAAACUGGAAACCUGUUUACAGGGAAUGAUAUUUGGAAUUUCAAAUUUGUUUCUUUUGACUAGUUAAUUUGCUUGCAUUGUGGUGUUGUUUCUACUUGUUACUCCUCAUUUUGUUGCAAUGAAAAUAAGGAAAAGAAUAGUCACUGUAUUUACCAUAGGAGCUCCACUCCACAAGGAAAUUGAAACUGUAUGAAACUGCCCAUGCUCCAAACCAGGUGACCAGUGUUGCUAGGCUUCCUGCUACUCCUUUGAUAUUUAUUGGGAAUAUCUGCAGAAAAGGUGAGGUUAAGAAAAGUUGAAAUAAUAGUACAGGAAUGCGAAUGGUGUAUCUUGCUAACUUCUUGUUACCUCAGACAUUACAACCCAAGGAACUGAUCCCAUCCCUGCUGAAAAAAAUCCUAUGUAUGCCUGGUCUCAAACAAGAUAUGUUAGAAAGGUAACAAAGGAAAUAUGAUAAGCUGCAUUUUUUCAAAUCAAGUUGAUGGAAGACUAUUGUUUACCAGUAUGCCUACUACUGCAAGAAUUGGAGCUGUGUCGACUGCCAGCCCGUGUUCCUGUCGGAAUAGGUUUUCCAGAUAUUAGUAAUAUAGAAAGCAAAAAUGAUGUUCUUACAUGUAAAAAUUUGACAGGUAACCUUAAGAUAGAAUGAAGUUCCGGUCAGCAGACAGCCUAUAACCAAUCCUGCUGCAGCCACCUAGAAGGAAGGAAAAGUGUGAGGUUGACCCUCUAACCGUUAAGAAGGAUUUGGAAAGAAAACUGAAGAGCUUAAAUGUGAUCUGAUUUACAGUGUACCAGUAUUAGGGGCUUUCUUCCAGCUCUAUCAAUCACAACUGUGUUAAGUGCAGUAACCACAACCUGCAAAACAAUUGUGUCAAGCUAAUCCUGGCAGGAGAGAAAUAGGUAGAUUUCUGAGGGAGAUAAAACCUGAAGAACAGCAUAGAUUAUGGUCCCAAGGCUGGAAGAGAACCCUGAAUCAUUAUCAAUAAAAAAAGGUGAAAUGGUAUUUUAGAAUGUCUUAGUUAUUAGAUUUGUUGUUUGUUUAAAAGAAUAGAAGUGGUAGAUUCUAAAGCCUAGCUGAGAAUUUGUUUCUAUCAAAAUUGACUUGGGAAAUUUGUUUUAGAUACUUCAGAAAUUUUGUUCAAAAACAUUAUCAAAGGAGAAGAGACCAGGAUUUUCAUUUUUUUUUUUUCUUUAUUCUGGCAUUUGUAACUUUUAUUAAAUUCCCUUUACCUGCUGCCUCAAAAAUAUAGCUGACGUAGAAGCAGAAUCCAUUGAUUCCUCCAAAUUGUUGGAAGGCCAUCAGUCCAACUCCAAUCUGGUCAGAGAUGAGUGUUUAGAAAGGUGAAGUUAAUGAAGGUGGAAGAAGUUU